ACUUUCAUUCACAAAACUUUAAACUCGCCUGACGCCGACACCGACUGUUACAUUUACAUUUAAUCGCUUUUCUUUUUUCUUUCUUUUUUUUUACGGUCUAUUACUGUAAAGUUGAGAGGGAAGUUUGGGGUUUGUUGUCCCCGGUGAAGUCUCAUCACAAGGCGGACGGGGUCGAGUGCGAGUGUCUAUUUGGGGGGUGUGACAGCGCUGUCUUUACAGCUGUGCCGGGCUUGUUUAUGGGACGAGCAGGUUGAGCGUUGAGAGGAAACACACACCGGCGUGUCCUCGAGACGCAUCCAGCCGGACGACUCGCUGCUCAGAACCGCCGCACAAUUUGAGCCGAUAUUUACGUUCACCCCAUCCGACAUGGCAACUUUGAGUAAGUUAAGGUGACGCUUAAAUUUUUUUUUUUUUUUUAAGAUGGAUCUUGCAGAUGAUUCAAAAGCAGGUGGUUUUAGAAGUUGCGAAGUGCAUUAUGUCAUCCAUCACAAGCAGAGCGAGAGGAGGAAGUGACGAAAAAAGGUCGUGUGAUCCUGUUGUCCCCCAAAGAUUAACAAAGAAUAAAACAAAAAUAAAGUCCGUUUGCAUUUGCAACGUGUUUGUCUAUUGUCCACUCCGAUCGGUUGUGGGAUUUGUGUAUUAAGGAUGACGUCAUUCUGCAUUGACGUAAUCGCUCUGACAGAAGGUUUUGCUCAAAAUCUGCUGAGUCUGCUCCACUUCUACUGCUGCUGAAAAAUAAGUUAAAAGGUGUUGAAGAUGAUAGUGUUAUCAUCAUCUAUCCACGCAUGAAUGUCUGACAUAUAAAACAAUGUACACUAAUACCAUUGCUCCCACACACUGUUAAAGUGCACCUCCAUAGAAACCUGCAAAACUGUAAACGCUUCCUUAUCCUUGUCGAUGGAUUUUGAUAGUGGUUUAUCCAUCUGAAAUUGUAGAGUCGUGGACACCUGUUUGUUUAUUCAAUACCGUAAUACACACACAAACACACACACACACACACACACACACACACACACCUAUGAAGUCAUCGCUACGCUCUGUGUUUGGAAAAUGGGGGCUGAGACAGGUUCAAACCUGUCAGUAGUCGGCCUUCAGCUCUCCCUCUGCCUCCUCCCACCCUCAUUCCUUUCCUCUUCCAUUCAUUGUCUCCUCCUCCUCUCUCUCUCUCUCUCUCUCUCUCUCUGCCUUUUCCAUUCCUCUCUCCAUCACUCUAAUGUCACUCUACAAUCCCACACAAAAAAACCCACACACACGCACUUUCCAUUUCUUAUGGAAGCAUGUACUUUUGCCCUCUUUCUCCUCUGUCACUCUUUCCCACAACAUCAGGACCCACUUUGCUGUCUUCUCGGCGACCCUUUCUUUCUUCAGUUUUCUUGCGGGAGGAGGAAAGGUGUAGCGAGCGCGACCCUCAUUGACCUCUCCAUGAAGUGUGUGACUCCCGUAUGGUGACACGCGGUCGGAGAUGCCGGGGAGAUGAAGACUUCUUCCUUUGCUCUCAGUGGAAAAUGAGGCGUCAGCGCAGAGUCGUGCACUUCAAAUAUGUCACAGUUACCCCCCACCGCGGGCUUAAUAUCUCCACCGAAGACUCAACUUCGUUUUCACGUCCUGCAUGGCAAGCACGUAUCCUGUCAUCACGCUCGCGCUAUUGGCUGAAGACGAGAUGAAAGCUCAAUCGCUCUACACUGAGCACUUCCCUACGUAAUAACCACCAAAAGCUUUGGUUCCCUUCUGGUGCGUACAUGAUACCAGCCAGGAGUAAUGAAUGCACAAACAGAACGUAUUUAUUACAGCACUUGUCCUAAUAAGAAUGACUACCUGCUAUAAACAGCGACGCUGUCGCUCUCCUGCCGGCACCGAAGGUCCCGAGACAACGUGUCUCUGGGUGAAACGUCCGUCAUCUGUGGCAUCUACCUCACUGCACAAGACUUCCGCAAUAAGGACGUGAUAAUUGGGAGCAAGACUGUAUCACGCCAGCUGGCUGUGUGAUUCGUCCAAAAUGCGGCACCGCGAGCAUCGUACAGCAACUGAGAUCCAGCAUGCCGUGUGCGCCGCGAUGCGGAUUGCAGGUUAAACGGGUGUUCUUGCUUCUUCUGUUUUGUAGGCCUGUGGAUGACAUGAAUGACAAACAGGACAGGCCUUAUGUGUGCGGCGCCCCGAGCUGCUCUCAGCGCUUCCCCUCGGAGGAGCAUCUGGUCAUCCACAGACGCAAGCACGAGAUGUCCCUCAAGUUCUCCUCCAUCAAGACGGACACGGCUUUCACAGACCAGACUCCGACGCCAACACGAUUUUUGCAGAACUGUGAAGAGGUGGGUCUGUUCAAGGAGAUAGAGGAAGAGUUUCUUCAAGCACAAGAAGAAGAGAAAAGCAAACAGAGGCUUUCUCACAAUGGGCCGCCCUGCAUGAACCAGCAGCAGCUCAAACCUCAGCUUCAGCUCCAGCACCCACCCCGACCUCAGCACCCGCAGCCGCCGCUGCACCAUCCCCACCCCCACCCCCUGCUGCACCUCCACUCCCAUGGCCCCAUGAUGGGCCCCAGCUGCAGCCUGGCGGCCCAGCAAGCGCUGUCCUCCUCGCAGGCCGGAUCAGUCAUCACCCAGGCUCCUUCCACCCUCGCACACUCAGGGCCAGUUCCGGGGUCGCUGUCCUCCCUCCUCCACAUGCGGAACAGACAAAGGCAACCGCUGCCGGCCUCCCUGCCUGGCACCCUGCCGGACCCCGCCAUGCAAGGGGCCUCUGCUCACCACUUGCCCAUAGAGAAGCAAAUGUCGUGUUUAAUGGGUUUACCAGGUCCAGCACACAACCUCUCCUGCUCCUCGCCCCAGAGAUCCAAACAGGCCGGGGGCCACCACUUCCAACAGCACCACCCAACAAUGGCAGCCAUCAACAACCCAGUGACAUCUAUGGGUCACAUGAUGGAAAUGAUGUCACAGCGCCACCAGGCACCUCCACUGCAACACCAUCACCAUCACCCUCAUCAUCCGCAACUACAAGCUCCACCCCUCACCUUCCAGCAGCAAUGCAAUGGUUCACCUCCGCAGCAUCCGGGAAGCACCCACGGCCACCACGGACAGGCUAACCAAGCCCCGCCUCCCCAUCUGCAGCAGGGCUCGCCACCUGAACACGCCAUGUCUGUUCCAGCCCAGUUAUCGCCAGUUGCACAGCAGAUGCAGCCCUCCCAUCCAUCCCACUCCCAGCAUGCAGUGCAGGAUGGUGGCAGCAUUGGAGGAGGAGGAGGUGGCGGCGGCCACCGUCGCAGGAGGACGGCAGAGCAGGACCCCGACGAGCGCAGACAGAAGUUCCUGGAGCGGAACCGGGCGGCAGCCACCCGCUGCCGACAGAAGAGGAAAGUGUGGGUGUCGUCGCUGGAGAAGAAAGCCGAAGAGCUGACGCACACGAACCUGCAGCUACAGAACGAGGUGACGUCGUUGAGGUCAGAGGUGGGUCAACUGAAGCAGAUUCUGCUCACCCACAAGGAUUGCCCCGUCACCGCCCGGCAGAGAGAGGCAAAGGGGUACCCCACUGCAGGGGUGAGCCCAGGCGGAAGUCCCACCCCUUUAGGUCCCGGGUCACAUCUGCGGGCCAUUCAACACAACGGCAUCUCCACCUCCUCGACCUCUAAAGGCGACACGGGGCACAACCCCGGGCCCGGACGUUAGCCCUCACCACACCGAGGAGGGGCCGAAUCCAACCAGACCGAAUUAUGUCAAAACCACACUAAAGUCUCGCUCAGCCGGGGGUUCCGUGUGGCUUCACAUUUGAGAUUAAAUACUGAACUGGAUAGGGAGAUUCAUAAAACCAUGUGACCACACGGGUACAUUUCCACAGCAGGUGCAAAAACAACCUUUUCUAAAAGCCUGUGAUGGUUUCAUGAGAACUGGUUCCAAAAAGUGUUUCUGUUCGCAGCAAUCUGUCUUCUACGGACCGACUGCACAGAAAUCAUCACACAUUUUGAGUAUGUUUUGCUCUUAAUAAAAAAAAAACUAAUAUUUUUGUUUUAUAUUUCACCACCAUGUGCCUUCUCCUGUCAAAAUGAUGUAUUUUUCUACAAUCAAUACAAACAAAAUGUUUAAAUCAAACCCAGAGCAGUUUUAGAACAGAACUGAACAAUAUUUCCUCUCUGACUCUUUUUAAAAACUGCACAAAGACACAAACAAAGAACCGCACCGAAUGUUCUAAUCACUGUCAAAUAAUAAGAGAAAACGUAUUAUUAAUUACUUAUUAGUACUUCCUUGUAUUUUUUUAUAAAGUCUGUCUGAUAUUCUACCCUCUAAACCUUUGGUUUGAGAUUACGGUUAUAAAUGUGUUCUGUACAUACCGUAUGGUCUAGUCUGCCAUCUAGUGACUGCUUUUGUCAAUGAGAGCAGACCAUUAUACCUGGAGUGGUCAGCAACACAGAUCAUGGCCGGUUUUAUGUUUCACCAAUAAAAAGACCAAUAGGUUUCUUAUGAAUGUAUUAUCUGUGUAACACACAAA